GUUGCAUGGUGCAUCGGCGAGCGCCUGCUGAAGCGCGAUCGGCGCAGAGCCCGCGCGACGGGCCGCUCAAAGCCCGCUUUGUACUCUCGUCCAACGACGGCGCGCACCUGCUCUUGGACGCUGCCGAGAAGGACCUCGCCGAGCAAAAGAUGAGCAUGCGCCAAAAGCUCUCCAACUUGGAGAUGUUUCUAAAUGCCACCGACAAUGACAGCGACGACGACGACGACGAGACGAACGACGGUCGACCCGACGCCAAAGCAGCGGCGCGCCGGCCCGCGACACCCGCGUACGAGCGCCUCUCCAACGUGGACACGCCACGGCGUCGGCGGCAGCGCGUACGGUCGAUGAUUCUCACCAAGUCGAGGCGCCCGAAAGUUGUCGUGCCCGGCCCCAAGUCGUACGAAGAGCUCGAGCGGUUGAUGCAGACGCUGGACACGACGCUGACCGACAAGUACGCCGACGUGCGUGCCAAGCACGACGUCUUCCAGAUCGCGAUCAACCAUCUCUCGGACGAAAACAUUGCGCGCCAGCGAAAGCUCAUCAAGUUCAACCUGCUCCAAGAAGAGAUCGAUCGCAUGCAGUAUCAUGUCAGCCGCGCCGCGACGCUUCACGUCCAGCACGACGAGGAGCGGCUGCCGCGCACGGCCGUGUACCGUCACGCGUCGCGCCUUGCCGACUACCAAAGCCACGGUGUGCGCAUCUACAACCUUGCGCCGACGCCGGUCGAGGCGACCGAUCGCGUACUCGUGCCCCGUCAGUUUGCCCCAAUGCCCCACACGCCGCACAACGCCAAGUCGGCGGUGGCGCGGCGGUACAUACUGCAGCAGCAGCCGCGCCUCAUGAAGAACGCCAAGCUCAUUGAGCACCUCGACGCGCACCACGCAGCGCUGCCGUCCCUCGCCACGACCGCGGAGAAUGGUAUAUCCAGGAAGCGCGGCAGCGUCGCUUCGUAGCGCACUUAGUUUACGUACUGCCAUUAUGAGGAGCGCAGAUACGCCAUGUAAGAACAUGGAGCGUAUCGAUCGAUCGA